AUGCGAGCUACACAAUCAAGUUCAGACGCUGAACAUAAACAACAACUUGGCAAGCUGGUGACGUAUAACACCGAUGCCUUGACAAUGCUUGGCCAUAUUCAUAUGGAAUUAUUGAACCGCCGCCGUGAGUUGAUCAAGCCGAAUUUAAACAAGGAAUAUGUUUCUUUGUGUUCGCCUCAAACUCCCAUAACGGAGCUCUUAUUUGGCGACGAUUUACAGGCUCAAAUGGCCAGUAUCAAGGCCGCAAAUAGGAUUAGUCAGUCUACUACAAGUAGUUCGAAAUUUAAUCCCAACACGCGGAGCCCCUUUGAAGGUGCAAAAAACCGCUUGAAAGGGAAACAGUUUGCACACAGCAGCCACACCAACGGUAAGCCUUUUUUAUGGCAAAAUCGGGGCAACAAUUAUCGCCCCUACCCGCAGAACAAACCAAAGUUCCCAGCGGGCAAGAAAAAGAGCUACCAGUGGCAGUGA